GUGAGGUCUAUAAAUAGCUUCGUCCAUAACACGACAGUGUAAAUUUCAGUUCACACCGAAAACCUAGCAGUGCAGGAGGGAAUUGAAGCUUGUUAACAAGUUCUUACACACAAAGACAGUCACAAAGAUGGGGUCGAAUAAAUCACUUGAUUGGAUAGUCGACUUAGACAAUGCACAUGAUCCAAAAUAUGGGGAGCCAUUUCAAGUACCAAUCGUAGCAGCCACCAAUGAAAACUUCAAAGAAUACGGCAAUUUAGUUACAGACUUUGACGCCGAAGAGGUUGAAAUCGUUCCCUGGCCUGUAAUGGGCAGACGGCCAUUAUGCAAUGGAACAGGUAUAUUCGGCGGAGUCGCUGAAGGUGACUUUCUUCAUGAAUGGGUUGGUGACAAAUGUAAAGCUACAAGUACGGCGAUCGGUUGGGGGGUCGACAGUGAUUUUUUCAUAUGUCGAUUAGGAAAAGGCGUCGAUCCGGACCACAAGACGAGGGUUUUGGUUCGGGAAGCAAAUAAUCACCCCGACGGAAGUCAGUGUUUCUUCCCAAAGGAAAAACUUCCAUUUGUGGCGCUGUUUGCUCUUCCUGGCGAUGACGUCAAGUUAGAAGAUUUCAUGGCGUUCUACUCGGAUGGGAGUUUCGGAUUUCAUAUUCGACCGAACGUUUGGCAUCAGCCCAUGAUUCCUGUGAGUCAGAAAGCAGUGUUUAGGAACAAACAAGGCGCUGUCCACGCAUGCGUUGGUCUCGAUACCGUCAAUGAGUUUGGGAGAUUUCUCUCUGUUCCUCUCAAAAUUCACAAAGCGGAGUGAUGCAAAUUAUGUACUAGCUACAUAGGCUAAGUAAAAUCUUUGACUUUGACCUUCAUUUAAUGUCACAAAAGGUCAGAUGAUGAAAUCUUGACAAUUUUGACUAUAUGUAAAAAAAAUAAUUUCACAACACAUUUUAAGGAGUACAUCUUAAUUAAGAAAACUGGUAUGUUUCAAUGUCGUGUCGUUAAAGGUCAAUGUCAUUGAUAUACAUAUAGAAUAUUUUUGAACAUUUUCAAACGAUUAUACACUCAAAUCCCAUGAUAUUAGAAAAUAGGUCAAUUCCAAGACUACGAGGUCAAGUUAAGAUAAACAAGUACUGAUUGUAAUGGGAACCAUUACAGAUGUCCCCCAAACGAGCCCACAGUGCUAUCAUUGUAUUCAAUAUCACUCAUAAUCCGUAUACAAGUUGUUAAAUUCAUGAUAUAGAAAGCACUCAGGUCCCUAAUAAAAUUUAUACAUACCUGAUUUACUAACCACCAUGCAAUUCAUUGUAUUCUGUAUAAAGUCAGUGUUAUCGUCAUCUUGAA